GGACCCGCCUCCGCGGCCGGCGGGGCGAGGCGGGGCCGGGCCGGGCCGCGGCGCAGUGUCCGCCCGGGAGCAGCGGGGCUCGGAUCGCCGCGGGCAAGGCCGAGGUCGUCUGUGAGAAGGGGAGAAAUGGCUAAAGCCACCCAGUUAAUUGACAAUGAAGUCUUCCGGGCUUACGCCACUUACACAGCCAUUGUUCUUCUAAAAAUGAUGCUAAUGAGUCUGAUAACAGCGUACUUCAGGAUCACAAGGAAGGCAUUUGUCAACCCAGAAGAUACAGCAUCAUUUGGAAAAGGGGAGAGUGCUAAGAAGUACCUGAGGACUGAUCCGGAUGUUGAACGCGUACGCAGAGGCCACCUGAAUGACCUUGAAAAUAUUGUCCCAUUUGUUGGCAUUGGACUGCUGUAUGCUCUGAGUGGCCCCGAGCUGUCCACAGCCUUGCUGCAUUUCAGGAUCUUCACAGGGGCUAGGAUCCUUCACACUUUUGCAUACUUGAUCCCUCUUCCCCAGCCUGGCAGAGGUUUGUCUUGGGCAGUUGGCUACUCAGUGACCUUCUCCAUGGCAUACAAAGUCCUGAAGACAGCGUGGCUCCUGUAGCAGAGCUGUAGCUUCCGUGUCCCCUUCGACAUUCCACACAAAGUUUCCAGCGCUGUACGUUGAUGUCUUGAGUGAGCCAAUGAGUCUUCUGUGGUAACUGGAAUUCUUUUUUUUUUUAACAAAAGCUUUUUGUUCCUGUUCAGGAGUGUUUCUUUUUGGAGGAAAAAGAAUCCUUCUCCGUGUAUUCCCUGUUCAUGGGUUGCACUGCCAAAUACUAGAUUGGAUGUUCCCUUUGUGAUCUGUCAAGUGCUUACAAUUCUAAACAUGCAAUGAUGCUGUACUGAUAGCCUGUUUGAUAAUUUUCUACAGAUGCGCUAUUUUUGGCUGUAGCUCUGAAGUCUAAAUCAAUAAAGACAAGAUUUAAAAAAAAGCCUGUUUGUAUUUUUGUUUUCAUUUCGACUCUUCUCACUGCAGCCAGCAAAUAGCAUGUCACUAUGUAUCAGGAAGAGAUUCCAAUCAUAGAGUUCUUUGAAGAAAGCUUACCGUAAUAAUAAGAUAUAACCAGUAAUGCUGGUCUUUUUGUAAAAAAAUAUUUGAUGAAAAUGUUUUUAUAAUCCACUUUGGGAUUAAAAAACCUAAACCAUUGCAGCUCCAUUUCUUUCAGUUGAAUAGAUUAAAAAGAAAGAAAGUAUUUGUGCUAAAUUCUGUUUGGAGACUCUGGUGAAAAUUUGAAGUAAUUAUUUCUAUUGGAGUUCCAGCAAACAGGUUUUGUGACUGGAUAAAAUGUAGACCCUUUGUAGAGGAUUUUCUUUUCAUUUUUGAAUAAAUUCAGCAUAAAAUGAGUGGCACUUGCAAAUGUAGAUAUCAAGUACUUCAGAUUUACAUAUAUAAUUAGUUUGUGUGUCAUACUGCCAUAAAUAUGUUUCUGAUAGGAAAUCUUGCUCUUUGCUUACAUCUUUCUAUGAUGUAUUAGUUUGGAAUAUAUUCUUUAAAGACUUUUCCUUGGUUUCUUUUUGUUUGGUUGUGUUUUUUGGGGUUCUUUAGUAGCUCUGGCUUAAAUAAUAGCACGAGAUUUCAAGUGACCCAGAAAAGCCUUUAUAUCCAGUGUGCUGGUAAUUGAGAAGUUUUAAAUGGCAGAAGUCAGAGCACAACACAUUUGUUUUCCUUUCCUACCCCAGAAGCUGUGCUCCUAAGGGAUGGCCCAGAGAGGGGCUGGAGAGUUCCCUCUGCUGCCUCUAUAUGUCAAAGAUUUUGUUUUGCUUUUUGCAUGGGAGCAGUAGUUGUAGUACUGCAAGAAGUAACACUGAAGAGCUUUCCUACCUACCCAUGGUUGUGAGGUGGAAGUUGGUGCAGUGUUAUGUAAAGCAACUCAGAAGGGUGGCAGAAGGGAUAGGGAAGAAUUCAGAGAGACUGGUUUAAUCCAAAGAAAGAAGAUUUUUGUUACAAUUCAAGUGUAGUGUUUAAGUCAUGUCUACUAAAGAAGAGAGGGUGGAACUUGAAAUCAAGAUGUUAACAUUGAUUUACGAAAGGUUAAAUCUUAACUAAUGGGUAAAAUAAAGAGCUGGAACCUGUAGAAGGAGGAUGAGAGGAGAUGGUGAUUAAAAGUUGAACAUUGUGGAGCUUCAACUCCUGACAUGGCAGAGUAAGCACACAUCGGCACCUCUGGGUUAGCAGAGGCUCCAACAGGAAACGUGGGCUUUUGUUUCUUCUGCCAUCUUUCUCCACCACUUCCAACCUGUGCUGUUUUCCUCCUGUUCUUUCUUCCUCUGCUAGCUUUUUAUGGGCUCUUGAGAGCAGCUACCUUGGAAUGUAUCAUUUUAACAAAGGCCAUCAGCUCUUCUGGUUUGAGAAGGACCAGUGAUGGAGGGUGGAGGAGCAAGGCUGCAGCCUGGAACUGUGUCCCCAAACCAGUCGUUGUCACAGUCAACCUGCCAUCUCUCAUCAGUCUGUGGCUACUCUUUUUCCCUUGUAUCACAAAAACAGCAUCUAGAGCUCAAUUUCCCUCACUACAUUGUAGCUUGUCUCUUAUUACCAGCUGUGUGUCUUUCCAUCCAUUUAGAACAAAGGGAAUGUAGCCACUGUGCAGAGGGCCCAUCUGAAAUUCAGCAGCAGAGCGAGUCCUCUCCUUGAGCAUGGAAAAGGCUCUUCAGACAAGCCCGGUUGUCAAUGCCAGGCAUAUGCAGGAAUAGCAUUUUUAACUCCUUUUGCAUCAAGCUUCUGUACAGAGAUCUCAUUCCUGGAGCCUUUCUUUAAUUCUGUAAUCUUACAUUUGAAACAUAACUAGUUUUAAAUCCCUUCCAUUUGUUAAGUGGUUUCAAAGCUCAGAACAUACACUCGCUAUGUGCUGAGAAGUAGAAAAGAUAGAUGGAAACCCUUAGAAAUACCUAGAGUGAUUCAAUAUUAUUCUGUGUUUCUCUUGCAUUUAUUUUAAACCUAUAUUUUAUUUUCCUUUGCUCCCACAAAUACCAUCUGUGCAUCUGGGCGGGGUACGUGCUCAAUCUGGGAAAUGUGCCUUACCAGAUUCCGUCAAACGCCGACUGCCAGCUCCGCAUAAAGUGUGUUGGAGUGGUCCUUGUCACACAGCUCUUGCAUUUCUCUGGUCCCUGCCCUGGAGAGGUGCACUGUACCUGUUGUACAGCUGUAAAUUUUAGAAGGCUGGCAUAUUUCAGGAGAGCUAGCAUAGGAGAAAGAGUGUGUUAGUGGAGUUUAUUACUGAGCUAAACUGAAUUUUCACCUUUUAAAACAUGCACAUGUGGAUUUCAGACUGCUGUUAUCAAGUUCUCUUGCAAAAUUUUUAAAUGAAGUAACCUGUAAAUGAUGAAACAACUGACUUUUAUCAGCAGGUGUGCUGCCUUUGACCUGGUGAAAGUACAGAAAGGGCUGGUCUAUGGGAGACACGUAAAAAGAGGUCAAACCGUCAUCUUCUGUGCUUCAUUUCUGUUCAUUAUGCCCCUUAUUCCCAUGACCAGUCUUGGGCAACCAGAGAAACUGCAGGGUUUCUUCUCUUUGCUCAUUAUUCCUGGCAUUUUGUGUUCUUCUCCCAAGUACGUUUUGUAUCUUUGAAGUGGCUCUGACAGUUGACCGUGAAGCACUUCAAAAUGCCAGCUGAUGUAACCUGGUUAGCUGACUUCAUCUCUGAGGGAAUUUCAUGGGCUGCUUUGUUUUCAGAAGUGUAAACCUGAGCAAUUCCUCUAUUUAUUUUUUGUCUCUAUGGGUAAAUGCUUACACACCUUUGGCCAAAAUUACUCUGUGCUGGUUUCCUGGCUGCAGACACAUGCACUGAAGGCAAUGAAUUGUUGGGAGAGAUGGUGACUGGUGAAGAGCUCUGAGCUAGGACUUACUGUUUGAUCAUGACGUUUUGUCCUGUCACAAUGAAGAAUGUGUUUAAAACCAUAAAUGAUACAUUAAACAUUUCCUUGAAUUUUCAGAAACAAGUGUAUGUCUGAGCUUCACCGCCUUCGAGGUAUUUAUUUUGAGAAGCUGGGUCAAUGUUUCUGAAAGUGAUGGAAUUGCUUGUCAUCAAAAUACAGAAGAAGAAAAGCCUGGGCUCUUAGCUCAAAUCACUUUGGGAUUUGGAAAAAUUCUAUUUACUUGAAGCCCAUUAUUGCUUAGCUAUGCCUAUUCCUAGUUAUUUACAGAAACAAAUUCAAUCUAGAUUUUUCAUGGAAAAUGCUUGUAAUGGAUGUAAUUUCUAAGAGCAAAAAAUAAAAAGCAAACCUUUUAUAAUACCCUUUUUAAA